AUGAAUAGUGGUGUCUGCAUCAAAGGAAGUUGCUACAAUGAUUACAAUCAUGACUUUUAUGGGCUGCUUGGAGACAUUCUAAAUUAUGUUCGAAGUGAUGGAAAAAAGAGUGAUCUGAAUGAAGGGGUGUAUCAAAAAGAUGAAGCAUCUUUCAAUACACAAUUUGAUGAUCUUUUUCACGACCUUGACAACAAUACAAUUCUUGUUAGUGGUGAAUAUGAAGAGGUUAAUGCGUUUGUUGAUGUUAAACAUAAUGAAAAGGAUGAUGUAGAUGAAGGAGUUGAAAGAGAAGAUGAAGAGACAGAGGAAGAUGCAAACAAAGAUGAUGAUGAUGAUGAAGAUGAGAAUGAAGAAAAUGAGUUUACGGUUUUAGAUGAUGAUUAA